GAGACCAGGCCACGCGACACCACUUUUUCGCACCACCUCUCCCCCGUCACAAAUCCGAGACGAGGUGCGGAGGGCGGCGGCAGCAGCGCCGGCCCCCGCAGCGGGACGAGACAGCGCGCGUGCGGCGAUGGAGCGGCGGGGGCAGCAGCCUGAAGACGCGGAGCUGCCGGGCAAGGACGGCGCUGGCGGCCCUCCGGCUCCGCCGCCGCUGUUCCUGGAGGUGACGUGCCGGAGCUCCGGCAAGGUCCGGCGGUUCGCGGCGGGGACGACGGCCCGGUACGCGCUGCACGCCAUCAACCGCAAGCUCGAGCCCGGAGCCCCGCCGGCGCUGCACGUCGAGGCCGUCCGGGACGGCGAGGAGCCCGUCAGCUUCGGCCCCAGCGCGGCCCUCGCCGACUACGGCCGCGGCUGGCGGCUGCAGACCGUCACCGCGCAGGACGCGCCCGGGAUCCACCCCGCGCCGCCGCGCGCUGACACGGAUUCCGUCGCUAGGGAGACGGCGAGGAGCAGCACUUCAGCCUACGUCGCCAAGAUCGUGCUCGCCUUCGUGUUCAUCUUCUUCCUCGGCGGAUUGUUCACGUAUCUGCUCGAGGUAGUCCCUGAAAUGCUCCAGACUUCACCGGCGCCUGAAUCUCUGUAGAACCCGCUGAUUGAUUCUCCGUGUACUAUUCCAGUGAUGUUUCAGCGACAUCCCCCACCCCCACCCCCUUUCCGAUAAGAUCGUGUGCAGUCGUGUCGAUGGCAAACUUAUCUCGUUCGAGUUCUUAAUUAAUCUCAGAUUGAACUUC